GCAGAUGACGCCAUCAGGCCGCGCCCCGAGGAGGUCACAGGCGUCCUCCAACAUGGCGGCGGCGGCUUUGCGCGGCGGCUGGUGCCGCUGUCCGCGGCGGUGCCUUGGGAGUGGAGUCCAAUUACUUUCCAGCCACAGCCUACCCCAUGGCUCAGCCUAUCAGAUACGCCGGCCAGGUGGAGAGCUACUAUUGUCCAAAUCCUAUUCUUCUGGACACAGAAAAGGCUUUCUGUCUGGCUUGCUGGACAACAUCAAACAAGAAUUAGCCAAAAACAAAGAGAUGAAAGAGAGUAUAAAAAAAUUCCGAGACGAGGCCAAGAAGCUGGAAGAGUCGGACGCACUCCAGGAAGCCCGCAGGAAAUACAAAACCAUCGAGUCGGAGACCGUGCGCACCAGUGAGGCAAUCAGGAGGAAGCUGGGGGAGCUGACGGGGACGGUGAAGGAGAGCCUCGACGGAGUCAGCAAGACCGACUUCGGCCGGAAGAUCAAGGAGGGGGUGGAGGAGGCUGCCAAGACAGCCAAGCAGUCGGCUGAAUCCGUGUCCAAGGGUGGGGAGAGGCUGGGCAGGACUGCGGCGUUCAAAGCCAUCUCCCAGGGUGUGGAGUCCGUAAGGAAGGAGAUCGACGAGAGCGUGCUGGGGCAGUCGGGGCCCUACCGCAGGCCUGAGCGGCUCAGGAAAAGGACGGAGUUCGAGGGAGAGAAGUUCAAAGAGGAGAAAGUGUUCGAGCCCAACGAGGAGGCCCUGGGGGUCGUAUUGCACAAGGACUCCAAGUGGUACCAGCAGUGGAAGGACUUCAGGGACAGCAACGUAGUGUUCAGCCGCUUCUUUGAGAUGAAGAUGAAGUAUGAUGAGAGUGACAAUGUGCUCAUCCGGGCCUCCCGGGCCCUGACGGACAAGGUCACCAACGUGCUGGGGGGCCUGUUCUCCAAGACGGAAAUGUCCGAGGUGCUCACCGAGAUCCUGCGCGUGGACCCAGCCUUCGACAAGGACCGGUUUCUGAAGCAGUGCGAGAGUGACAUCAUCCCCAACGUCCUAGAGGCUAUGAUUUCUGGAGAGCUCGACAUUCUCAAAGAUUGGUGCUAUGAAGCUACCUACAGCCAGCUGGCCCACCCGAUCCAGCAGGCCAAGGCCUUAGGCCUCCAGUUCCACUCCCGCAUCCUUGACAUUGACAACAUUGAUCUGGCCAUGGGCAAGAUGAUGGAGCAGGGGCCGGUGCUGAUCAUCACCUUUCAGGCCCAGCUGGUGAUGGUGAUCCGGAACCCCAAGGGCGAGGUGGUUGAGGGCGACCCGGACAAGGUGCUGCGCAUGCUGUACGUGUGGGCGCUGUGCCGUGACCAGGACGAGCUCAACCCCUACGCAGCCUGGCGCCUCCUGGACAUCUCCGCCUCCAGCACGGAGCAGAUCCUGUAAGGCGGUGGCGACGCCUGGAGCCCGGGGCCCAGGGCUCCACCCGCGGCAACUCUAGACCUCGGGACCAGACUGUCCUGCCCGAGCUCUGCCUGGACAGGGAAGGGGCCGGGC